AAGUCACGUGUUGUAGUUGACUUUUAAUUUCAAUAUUACGAAAAAUUAUAAAAAAUGUUACGACAAUCGCGAAUAUGGCAACUAAGAAAAAAUUUCAGUACACUUUCCGACGAAUAUAUUAUGAAUGUAUUCGAUCGGAAAGCAAAAUAUUUACAGCGUGAAAGAGCUGCUCAAGCUGACAAUGUAGAAUUGUACGAUUAUUUAAAAGAUGAGGUUGGUUUUCGUUUAGCCGAUCGAGUUUCAGAUAUUAAACGAUUGUUUAAAACCGCUGCAGAUAUUGGAUGUAAUCGAGGUUUUAUUUCGAAACAUUUGUUACCUGAUUCUGUUGAGAAAUUAAUUUUAUGUGAUAUGAGCCAUACAAAUUUAAAAAUUGCUAGCAAUUUCAAAGAAAAUGUUACGGAAAUUAAAGAACAGGUUUUAGAUGAAGAAUUUAUUGAAUUUGAAGAAAAUUCAUUAGACUUAGUAAUAUCAAAUCUUAGUUUACAUUGGGUUAACAAUUUACCACAAGCGUUUCACAAUAUUUUAAGAGCUUUAAAAAAUGAUGGUGUUUUCAUGGCGGCUGUAUUUGGCGGGGACACUUUAUUUGAAUUACGCUCAUCACUACAGUUAGCAGAGCUAGAACGAAAAGGAGGAAUAUCUGCUCAUAUUUCGCCGUUCACAGAAAUUCGAGAUAUAGGUCGAUUAUUACAAAAGGCUGGUUUUACAAUGCUCACAAUUGAUGUAGACGAAAUCGUUGUACAUUAUCCAAGUAUUUUUGAGCUGAUGUGGGAUUUGAAAGGUAUGGGAGAAAAUAAUGCAGCUAGAAAUCGAACAUUACAUCUAAGUAGGGAUACGCAAUUAGCCGCGGCAGCGAUUUAUCAACAGUUGUAUGGUAUUAAAAGCCCCGAAACAACGGAUAUCAAAGUUCCUGCAACAUUUCAAAUAAUUUAUAUGUUAGGCUGGAAACCAGACGCAUCACAGCCGAAACCUUUAGAACGUGGUACUGGAAAAAUUUCAUUAAAAGAUCUACAUCGAUUGGAUGAAAUAAUUAAGGAGAAAAAAAAUUUAGAAAUUGAU